CGCUAAUUACUGAUUCGUUAAGCAUAUUUGUUGGCAGAGAAAUCUUCGAGCUAUGGCUAAUGAGGGAUUAUCCGCUAAACAAGAGAAAUAUGAUAAAAUACAGAAGAUGAAACAAGAAGUUACUGAAAUGGUGAAAUCACGGGCUGCGGGAAAGAGACACAAACACAGUUUCAACGAUGUGAUGGAAAAUAAAAAUUGUAAAUUAUAUGAUCUUUAUGUUGAGACACUAGAAGAAUUCUCAGGACCUCUAGUCGAAACGCUAUAUGAAGAGCUGGCUUCAUUGUGGCCCGGUGGCUUCAUGAAUGCUAAUAGGAUUAAACGUGCUAUAUACAGAGCUAAAGAAAGGAAAGGCAUUCGCAGUUUCCGGAAGGAUCGAGAGAAAAUCAAGGAGAAAAAUGUUUUACCACAGGAUGCCUCUAACAUUGCACAUGGAACGAGUUAAAGAAAUUGAUCACCAGCAGCAACCUACACCAUAUGGAUACAAAGCCGAAAAGUUUGCAACCGAAAAAGAAACAAAAAUGGAUGCCCAAUGCCGAGGUGGCUGAAGCUAUACUUCGCCUGGAGAAGCUGGUUAUUUCGCAAGGCGGAGAAAGGGCACAAACUUGAAAAGCAUUGAACUUGCUAAUAUUUGUGUGAAAGCAUUGAAUUUGAUAAUAUUUUUGAUUUGUAAUGAACAUAAUACUAAAUGUAAUAAAUAACUGAAAAUGGUA